GGGGACAGAAGCUGCAUCAAAAUCACAUUUAAUUUAGUAACUGCUUCAGCAUUUAACCAUUUUUGCGUUACGUUUCAAAGGCCUUUAGGCCCAACUAGCAUGCUAACUACCACGCUAGCUUAAAUAGCGUCUCCUUUGCAUUGCUUCACCUUUAACGUUAGCAUGCAAGCUUUCAAAUCCGAUUUUGUAGCCGCAGCUAAUAUUAGCUGCUAGUUAUAUCCUUCUGUUGAGGCUAAUUAACUCACGCAAAGUAAACAGUAUAUCUGAAAUACAGUAGUUUUGCACCAAACUGCCAGUAGCAUUACAUAAAUGCGUAACAUGCAGAUGCUUUAAGUUUGACAGUUUCCUCCGUUUAUACGCCUGUAUUUAGCAUCGUCAGACCCCCGCCCAGUUAACUAACUAAUCUAAACCUGGCUAGCUGGGGUAGUAGACGUUUCAAAGCUCUGUGGCGUUUCAUAUUUGUUGCUGAAAUGUAGUAACUGGGCUAAGCACCUAAAGUCUUAAGGAAAUAGUUUACACAGCUGGAUACUACCAUGUUUUCUUAAAGCUAGCCACUACCAGAGGUAACUGUAGCCAGGUUAAAAAAAAAAAAAAGCGCCAGUAGCUUUAUUAAAUUUCGGGCCGUUUUGCCUAGGGCUCCAGGGGUACACCAAAACUGAUUAUCAUUCAUUUUAUAUCGCCCAUAGCAUGCAGAUAAACCCCCUACACAAAUUUAUGUGUCCCCAGUAGCAAAGUUGCCAUUGUGGAAGUUUAAGGACUAAGCACUGAGUUAUAGUCCCCACGACCUAUUCAAUUAAACGGUAAAACAUUAUUAUUCGCAUUUCAACUAAUGGCGCAAACUGUUAAAGCUUUGCAAGCUUUGGUUAGUCACGUAGAACCGGGCCUACAUAAAAAUGUGCUUUAUUGUAAUUUUGCCUCAUGCAUUUAUACUUUUGCUUCCCAUAAUUGGAAAACGAGGAAUUGACUCAGGAAUAGAGCUGCUAGAUCAGGACUCUAGAUAUCAUCUUUCAUACAGAUAUAAUUGUUAGUCUAGUCGUAGCUAUUUUGAGGAUAUAAAUUUUGCCUAUCCCUCUCUCACCAAGUUUAGUGGAGAUGCAGUGCAUCCUUUUAUCUGUUGUACAAGUGGUGUAAUAAUGCGUUGGCACAGGUGAGUUCAUUACAUCUCCAGCAUUUUCUUUUGAAAAUGCAGACAAAGCAUUUAAGCACAUGUACUAUUACAAUCACAAAAAAGAACGAAAGAAACAAACAAACAAAAAAAUAGUAAGACAUGGAAAACAGGCAAAUGAAACAAUGCAACAAAUGAAAAGCAUCCGCAAAAGCAGUGUUUCUCAAGCUGCGGGGGCCGUGACGACCUGGGAGAAAAGUCCUGCGGAACAAAUGUUGAACAUCGGAUUAAUUCUCACUGCGGAACAAGGAAAUCACGUUAGCAGUGGUGAACAAUGUCUGAACAAGAGCUGGAUGAAAUUGUGCAAAUAACAGUGGAGGACUUUAAUCAGGAAAACCGUACAGACAUGCUGGACAAUCACGAAGAUGAUGAAGAAAGAUCUCAGAAGAAAAGGAGGAAAUUAAGCAACAGCCAGGAGAAUAACAACAGCAAUCAAGAUAUCUCUAUUAUUAAGAACUUGUUGGUUUCAUUCACUGGAUCGAUCACCCAGCGACUGGAGGGAAUUGAGUCGAAACUACAGUCUCUGGAUGCUACAUGCAAAGCCCUUGGACGCAAGCUGGACAACAUGGCACCCUGUGCCAAGAGCCCUAUUCAGGUUCCUAUGGUUGCUGGAUCACCUCAGGGGGCCACUCAGACUUGGAACAAAGUUCGAUGUGUUGUCCCACAAACAAAUGUGAUAGUGAGCAGUGAACCGCCGAAGGCCUCAAGUCCGGAAGACACUCCUCUGGAGAAUCUGCUCAGCAACACAGUGACUAGGAGACGACACAACACCAUCCUAGUAAAGGUGCCGGGCCCUGAAGAGAGCCAAGAGGAACAGGAGAGCGGCUCAGAGGCCAGUGACUGUGUUUCCAAUGGUGGUCAGUCAAGCAAUGCACAAAAAGGCCAAAAUGUCACUCUCAUCACACUCAAUUCAGAAGAUGAUUAUCCAACCGGCACCUGGUUGGGAGAUGAGAACAACCCAGAGAUGCGAGUUCGUUGUCCAAUAUCUCCGGCUGACAUGCUUCAUAUCAGCACAAACUGUCGUACAGCAGAGAAAAUGGCACUGACGCUGCUGGACUACUUAUUCCAUCGUGAAGUCCAGGCCAUGUCAAAUCUCUCUGGGCAGGGCAAACAUGGAAAGAAGCAGUUGGAUCCACUUAUGAUCUACGGCAUCCGCUGCCACUUGUUCCACAAAUUUGGCAUCACUGAGUCAGACUGGUACCGGAUCAAGCAAAGCAUUGACUCAAAGUGUCGCACUGCCUGGAGACGUAAGCAGCGUGGCCAGAGUCUGGCUGUCAAGAGCUUCUCUAAACGCACACCUCGCAACACAGUCACAGAGGAAGGCAUUACAGAAGAAACGGCUCACAUUGAGGCUGCCACUCAACAAACCCUGCACUACACGCUGGCCAAUCAACAAGUGCAGUUCCACCGUAUUGGUGAAGAUGGACAAGUUCAGGUGAUUCCACAGGGGCAGUUGCACAUAGCCCAGGUGCCACAAGGAGAGGAGGUACAGAUCACACAGGACAGUGAGGGAAAUCUCCAGAUUCACCAGGUGCAUGUUGGGCAGGACGGACAGGUGCUUCGUGGAGCUCAGCUGAUAGCUGUUGCUUCAGCUGAUGGGGGAGCCACAGCGGUGGAGGGCUCCCCUCUCCCCCCUGACAUCCAAGUGCAGUACGUCCAACUAGCUCCUGUUGCAGAUCACACGGCAGCUGUACAGGCUGCUGAGUUGGCACCAGCCCUGCAGGCAGACAUGGAAGUGAAAGAGGCCAUCCAGGGUGCUAUCCAGGGAGAAAAUGGAGAGAUUGUCCAGAUUGUGACAUCUGUGGCCACCUGAGAACCCAUCUGGUUCAACACAGACCAGAAUCCUUCCCUACAGCAUCACCUGAAGAGUCUUUAUGGAACACCAGGGGUCAAAAAAUGCAUACAGUCUGAGAAGCACUCAAGUUAGAUAGUCUUUUAACAAAUACUAAAGGUUGCUGAAUAAACAAGAGGAAGCAUAUUUUUCCGUUUUUCCUUGCAAACUGCUUAAUUCUUUGUCAGCCAGAUGUCGCAAUGUGGAAAUGCUCACAGAGAUUGUGAAAAGACCAAGAUACUCUCAAACUGCGGCCCUUCUGGUGUUUCCAUCACUAUAAUGACCUGACAGACGGAAGAUUACACAGUGAGAUUAUUGUCUAUUCAGGGAGGGUGCUGCUUAUACAGACCAUUACCCUGCCACUUCAUCAGCACAAAUACUUGUUUACAUCAGCUUUGGAAAAUCGAGGGAUUAUUUGGACUUCAGCUGCUUUGCUAACCCUGAAACCCCACAGAGGGUUUGUGAAAUCCCAGAAAUGCACCUCAAACAACCAGCACUGUGCUCCUUUUCUCGUCACAGUGAACUUCAGGAGAAAGUAGAAUUUGCUGAGGACAGCCACUCUUCGUUGUGAGGGAUUUGAUUUCCUGUCACUCACCUUGGUUCAGUCCAUACUAUGCCUCCUGGCUGUGAGACCCUUUUUGUUCAACUUGUUUUCGUGUUGUUUCAGCCACACAGCUUUGUUUGUUUUUUGUUUUUUUGUAACAUGCUGAAAUACUUGGGGAGAUUUAAUUCCAGAGGUAGAAGACCAUGAAAUGGAAGAAACUGGGCCAGUGGUAGACAAGUUGCUUGUAGAUGGCCAGGGAAACCCUGAAGUUGUUUAUGUCCCCCAGUUUUGUCUCUGUGACUGGUCCAUUCAUGUGAAUAAAACAUGUUUGUGGUUGCCAUUAAAGUGUGCUUUUGUUUAGUCCCCCCCCUCCUCCCCCGCAAUUCUUUUUUUUUUGUUGUUUUUUUUUUUUUUUUUUGUCCCAUCUGACAUGGUCCAAAGUUUUCCAAGACAUGACUUUGCUUUGAUCUACUACAAAUAGACGAUUGAAAUGAGUCUGAAUAGAUAGUUGGGGGUUUGAGGUCUUGUUUCAUGUUGAGCUAAUUUAUUAGCUAUUUUUUGAAGUACAUAUGUAUCAUGUCAACAUCAAUAAGUGCAGAUUUAGGCUACUGUACUGUCAGCAAUCCUAACAAAAUACAGAGCAAAAAUAAGCUUUUGCUUAGUGUCUACAGAAUUUUUGUCAGGAAACUAUAAUUUAUGUUCAGUCAUCAUUAUAGUUUUUGAACCCUGACUGCAUUUCUUGUGCACACUGUAUGGUUAUGCCUUUCUUUAAGUAAAGACAAAGGACUUUCUUUACUUAGAGGGAUUCUCAACAAAUGAUUAAUAUCUUUGCUGUUGGGCAGAAAAGAGACGAGCGAGACACUAAACUGUGUGUUGGUUUAUGUUUCCCAUGCUCACUAUGAUGUAAUAGUGUAUUUUGGAGUGGGGAAAAGAACUAGGCGACAAAAUGAACUUG